AUCUAAUUCACCUUCAACAUGGCUGGCAACCCCCAAUCUAUCUUGAAAUGGCUCAGCCUAUUCGCAAUGGUGCUGAGAGCAUUCAGUGGCGAGACCGAUGAGCUAUUUCUGGACCUUGAUGUUGAUCAAGUUGCAAACGGAACGGCAGGUUCGUGGAUUCAAGCCCCGUGGGGUGAAUCAUAUGUGUCUGCCGUACGUGAAAGUCGUUACGGUGAUGCCGUAUGGGCGCGGUAUCAUAUGGAUGGUCGAGCUGUGGGCAACAUCAUCGAGGCAGACAACACUACUGUGACAAAGGAGCUGCUUGACGAUGCCAUGGGCUACAGGCUCGGCAAUCCGGAACUCUACAACCAAGUGGCCACCAGAUACAACACCACUAGCUCGAACGACGGACAUCGGGAACUUGUCGACAUUAUCAUCGGUGCUCUAGAUGAAGACCUCAAGGCUCUUGAAAAGCGGGAUGUGACCUACACUAUCAAGUGCAGCAGCUCAAAUCUAGCCCCACGUAGUUCUUGCUACGAGUUGCUUCAGGACAUGAACCAGUACGAAACAGACCUUGGCUCAACGCGUACAAUUGACUACUAUGGUGGUUGCUGGUUCAGGGUCGGGCCUCAUGGUAGUGGGGCCGAUCUUACGUGGUAUAAGGCACAUGCGGUUGGAAAACUUAUAUACGAUGAUUGCCCACGAACCAAAGCUUGUUGUUCAACCGUAUAUGUUUCGGGUUACUCGCCUAAGAACUCGGGGCACCGCAAGCUGUGUUUGAGCUCGAAGUCCACUGGUUGCUAGUGAUUCGGCUUUUUCGGUCCAAGGAUAUCUGGUUUGCAAGAAGUUUUGACCUGAAUAACGCCGGUUCCUCGCCAACGACCCUUGAACCACGUGACAGCCGAAGGAAUACAAACCGAGCACCAAUGGGAGUUUUUUGAAGGUUAUAUUGGUAAUUACAACGUUGUAAUUAUCCAAGAUGUUGCCACUUCAGAGGUUGAUAGAAUGAAAGAAUGUAGCGAUAAUACUGCGACAUGAGCCAGGUGCAUAACUA